AUGGAAAGUAUUGCAGAAAACAAAACAAAUGCACAGGGCUCUCAACAGCUCUUGAGCUCACUAAUGGACAGCCCACAACACUCUAAUGGAAAACAGGACCAAAAAAAUACCUUCUUAUCCAAGCUGCAAGAAAAUCAAGACACUACUCAAACCAAAAACCACAUAACAGUACAAAAAUCUAUCCUUGGCUUUGAUACUUCGGAUGAAACUGAAAACAUCUUUGAUUCGGACAACUUCAUACCCAUAACUUCAGAGGAUAAGGAAAGAAUAUACAAAAAUUGGGAAAAUGUUCUAAUAAUAAAAAUAUUCGGCAGACGAGUAACUUACCAAUUCCUACAACAAAAAAUACAUGCCAUAUGGAGACCUACAGAGCACCUAUCACUGAUUGACCUUGGAUGCGAUUAUUAUCUAAUAAAGUUCACUAGACAGGAAAACUACGACAAAGCAUUACACGAGGGGCCUUGGUUCAUCGGAAAUCAAUUCCUCACUGUUAGGAAAUGGGAGCCUAGGUUCAUUGCCUCAACAGCAUCACUGACCUUCUCAGCUAUCUGGGCUAGAUUACCAGAGUUCUCAACGAAGUUCUACGACUAUGAGAUUCUUCACAAAAUAGGAAACAAACUAGGGAAACUUUUUAGGAUCGACGUGUGCACUACUUCAACCACCAGAGGCAAAUAUGCAAGAUUAUGUAUCCUAACACCCAAUGAGAAACCCCUUAUAACACACAUCAUAAUAGGAAACCACUACCAAAAAAUAGCCUACGAGGGUUUCAAUCUCAUGUGCGAGUCAUGUGGACGACUAGGACACAAUACAAUCAAUUGCCCUCAUACUGCAUCUACUUCUAAGCCAAAACCUGCUACUAACAAUGACAUGAACAUGGAGGUUGAUACCCUAACCAAAGUAAUAGACUAUUGGACAAUAGUGACACAUAAAGAAAACGCAACAAAAAGAUCACUACCUAUUACUAACCAAAUCGAUGAAUCUGCCAAGACCACUACUGGGCAACAAGGCAUGACAAGUGUCAAAAAUGGAGAAGUCCCAAUUGACAACUCACAAGGGCAACAACAGAAACAUACGACCAACCCAAAAACCUGUUAA